AACAUAACCUCAACAAUAUUCAACAUGAUGAUUAUUCCUCCUAAUGAGGCCUAUUUACAUAAAAACUCUCAUAACAAACUCUAACUUAUUCCCCAAGCUACCACUAAUAGGCUAUGACUAACAUGCCAUUCCCCUAAAUAUUGAUUCCUUGCACUUCUCUGUUGUCAAAGAUUGCAUCCAUCCUAACUGCUUCUCCUCUUCAGCCCAUUUGAAUGAAUUUGAAGAGCCCCUUCGCAACGGUUUAUUCAAGUCCAACCAAGAGACUCAUGGCAAUGGGAAGAGCUCAUGUCCGCUCUUUGUACCUGGUACACCACCAUAGCCAUAGGCGGUUGUGCUGUCUCCCAUAUACCCUCCACUUUCGCCGCCUUUUGUCUGUAAGGACUAGCCCUGGGAUUGAGUGGUCUGAAGCACAAAAAAAGAUCACACUGAGUGCAGACCUCGAAACUUCUGCAAGGCAGCUGCUAAAAUUUCUAGCAGUAAUUGACAGAAAUCGCGCUCUCUAUCAAGGGCCUGUCUUGGAUCGUGCCAUUUACAGGUACAAAAACUAUUGGCUACCUCUGCUAGCGAAAAAUUCUGAGCCUGCAGGCUUAGGAUGCCCUUUAGUUGUACCUCUUGACUGUGAAUGGAUAUGGCACAUUCACCGGCUUAAUCCGGUUAGUAGUCCUUAGGUGAAAUAAUCACGUUUAUCUUUUACUCCGUUCUAUUUUCUACACCUAAAUUGGAGGACUAAACCUAUAUAAAUGGUUCCAGAAACGUUACAAGACAGAUUGCGAGGAACUUUAUGGAAGGAUACUUGA